UCAUACUGGAUUUUUGCGAUUUCGACGCCAUAUUGCUUAUACAAAUCAGUUGGUACAAAGCCCAUCAGACAGAAUCUUGAACUUUGUUUUCAACAUACGGUGUUGUGUAUUUGAGUUUAAGCAUGUUGAAAAUUUUAUGCACAUAUUUGAGUUUUAGCAGUAGGAACUCAAUCCUUUCAAGAUAAGAACAGUGAUCGCGAAUUAAAUAUAUUGGCUGCCUAGUGCCUGUAGAUGUAUCCAGAAGCCUUAAAUAGUCUUGUUAACAGAGUUAUUAUAAGGAAGCAUGGAUAUGAAAGUUUGCUUAAUUAUUUUAAUUAUAGGUGCAAGAUGUAGUGCAAGAGAUUUAUCAGCUCCUGACUUUAGUACAGAAAUCAUACAUAUUACAGAGAAAGAUGUUCAAGCUGUUAAACAAGCCAGCAGAAGUGAUAUAGUUUGCACACUAUGUGAAGAAUUUACAGCGGAGGCUAUCACUUACCUACAAAGUAACAAGACCCAAGAAGAGAUUAUUAAUCUCCUUCUUAAGUCUUGCCCGAAGAUGCGUGUGUAUGAGCAGCAGUGCAUCACAUUGGUGAAUUACUAUGGACCUCUUCUAUUCUUAGAAGUCUCCACAAUAGAGCCUGAACAGUUCUGUCAAAAGGCAGCCAUGUGUCAAAAAGUCAACCUUCUUUCUCAGCAGUUUUCUAACAACUGCAAUUUGUGCCAUCAAGCUGUUUCUGAGGUCUUAUUGAAGUUGAAAGAUCCAGACACUCAGCUAGAAGUACUUGAACUGCUCCUAAAGGCAUGUGAUUCUGCAAAGAACUAUUCCAAAAAGUGUAAGCAACUUGUUUUCGAAUAUGCCCCAGUCAUUCUCGUCAAUGCCGAGCAGUAUCUAGAAGCAAAUGACAUAUGCUCUGUGAUCCAUGCAUGCGAUGGAGCAAACCAGGAGACUGAUGCUUUGCUGCACUCUGAGUCGUAAGAAAACCGAGUUUGUCCAUACCAUAACUACGUUGUUGUAAACUAUUUAUUUGUCCAUUUUAUUUCCUUCUGGUGUUGUGUAGAAUGCGAAUAAGAUUUAUAUUCUGUGUAAAGUGUUCAUUAUAGUAAAUCUGUAUGUAAAAUGCAAAUAUGCUUCUUGUUUACGGUUAUGUUCUAUUUGACUUAUCUUCGAACUUAUGACAAAUUAGGGAUUACGUA